UGGACUGAUCUUUUGGAAAAUAUGAAAAAGAGAGGCAUUAUGAUUGUUUUCUCUUCGAAACCAACAGCCCAAAAACCAUGCAUUAAGAUUAAAGGAGAGGUACAAAAUUUGGAGUUUGCGAAGGAAAAAAUUAUGAAGUUCCAAGCUGCAGUGAAAGAGAGACAGGUAACAAUCUCUCGUCCAGGAAUAGGUAAAUAUUUUUUGAGUAAUCCUCAAGGUCAGACUAUGCUGAAAGGUAUAGAAUACGAAGCUAACGUUUGUAUAGAAGUUGAGGUUAGUAAAGAAAAUUUUGGAGAUGAUGAGCCUUCCAUGACAGCUGGUCGAAGUUUCAAAAAUAUUGGUUUUGGAACUACUGCUGAGAUGAAGAGAGUAAAUGUGAUAGUUGGUGAUAUCACAGAGUUUGAUAGAGCUGAUGUUAUUGUUAAUGCUGCUAAUGGCCAACUAGCUCAUGAUGCUGGCAUAGCUGCUGCUAUUGUAAAAAGAGGUGGUCCAGCAAUCCAAGAAGAUUCAAGAAGGUAUAUUGAUAAGAAUAGAAGUCUUUCUGAUGGAAAAGCUGUUCUCUUUCCGAGAGCUGGUAACCUACCUUAUAAGGCAAUAGUUCAUGCAGUGGGCCCAAUAUGGAAUAGAUCUGGAGAUAACUCCAGAGGAAUAGCAUUGUUAAGGAAGGCUGUUCGUCAAAGUCUUGAGAAAUCCAAAAGUUAUACCUCAAUAGCUAUUCCGGCAAUAAGCAGUGGUAUGUUUGGUUUCCCAAUUGAUGUGUGCGCUGAUGCUAUUCUGAAAGCUAUUGUUGAGUUUAGUGGUGCUGACCAUGGCUCACAGCUUAAUGAGAUUAAUAUAGUUAUUUUUGAAGAUAACGUCAACGAGUUUUUAAAAGCAUCUGAGAGAGAAUUAAGAGGUUUCCAGUCUUAUAGUUUUACUCAAAGUUCAUUGUCUUCCUCAUCAGCUGCAGUUCCUUCAAUUCAAACUGCAUCAACUCCACUAAGCAAUGGUAGUACAGGACGUCGUAAAAUUAGAGGAUCAACCACACCAACCACAUUGACUGCUCCAACUACAACACCAAGCAAAGUAUCUCAGGUUACUCCAGCAGUAUUUGUACCUCUGGUCAAAAUUACAAAUGGAAGUAUCAUACAGCAUCAAGAAGAAGCAAUUGUGAAUACUACAGAUACUGAUCUUGGGUUUGGAGGGCUUGUGGCUAAAGAAAUAUUGAAAAAAGCUGGUUCUAAUCUGGAACAAGAAUGUUCUGAGCUUAAGCCAGUUGCUGUUGGUAGCAUAACUUAUCCAAAUGAUGUCGUGGCUAGAGUAUUAAUGGAAGAAACAGCAUCAUUCUUUCAAAAGAAUCAAGGAAAAACAUCGCUUCAGUUGGUUCACUUUGUCAUAUUUGAUCGGAAGAUUUAUAAUGAAUUUCAAUUAGUUUAUAAGAAUAUGAGCUCCCCCUCCACUACCAUUGUUCCUAGUUCUGUCACACCCCCUUCACAUCAUAAUGGUACGUCAUCUUUUGGAUCCCAUCAGAAAAAAGUACAAGCUUCUAGUCAAUCAACAGCCUCCUUCCCACUUCCUCACGGUCUUAGUCUAGAAUUGCUGCAAGGUGACAUAUCAAAUGAUGAUUCUGAUGCUAUUGUUAAUACAACUCAAGAAGAUUUAAAACUAGUUGGUCGUGGUGUGUCAGGUGCAUUACUAAAGAAAGGUGGUCAGGCAUUACAAUAUGCCUGUGAUAGUGCUGUUGCUAAAGGUAAAACAGCAAAAGAGGGUAAGGUUGUUCCUACUAAAGCUACUGGUAGUUUGAAGUGUAAAGAAGUGUUUCACAUUGCUUUUCAUGGUGGGAGGAAUUUAAGCAAAACUGUCCUUGCGUGUUUAGAGCUAGCAGAAAAAAAAAGGUUUUCUUCAAUAUCCUUUCCAGCUAUUGGUACUGGAACUUUUGACUUUCCACCUGCCGAUGCUGCCAAAGCAAUUGCUGAUGCAUUGCAGAAGUUUAUUUCAUCACAGCCAAAGCAUGUCAAAGUAAUGCGAAUGAUUGUAUUUCAAGCUCACUUGUAUAAAGAUUUUGUUGGUGCUUUUAAAAAAAUUGGAGACUCCAGUGGUGGUUUAAUGAGUUAUAUAUAUAAUGGUAUGAAAGCUGCAGUUAAAUCUUUAUUUGCCUCUAGUAGUGACAGCAGUGAUGAUGAUGACCCUGGUAAGAUGGAAGCAGAACCAAUUAAGACUCCUAAUAUUGAAGAUGAAGAAUUUGAAGAUCUUGGGGAAGAUGAAGUUGUUGCAGCAAUGCUUGCCAAACUGUCUUUGGCUUCAGAAGUGACACUUCACAUUUACGGUGAGACAGAGUCAAUGGUCGGAAGAGCAGAGAAGAAAUUACAGUCUACAAUUGAUACAACAUUUCAUACUGAGGAAAUUGCUGAUCCUAGUAUCACUGCUUUCUCUGAUGAAACUGUGUAUGAGCUUGAAUCAUUUGCUAGAGAUCACAAUGUUGAUAUUGAGAUUGAUCGAGAUCCUAACCUUUAUUCAGUUAAUCUUCAGGGAUUUUUUCAAGAUGUUAUGCUUGUCAAAGAUAAAAUUCGUGAUGCGACGUCUACUAUAACUCAAGAGCAAUCAAAUAAAGCUGCUGCUGCCUUAGUUUCUAAAACUGUCUGUUGGAUAAGGAUUAAUCCAGAUGAUGAAAAAGAAGAAGAGUAUGGUGAAAUACUAAAUUAUGAAAUUGAGCAAGCCUUUCAAAACAAGAAAAAAAUUUAUGAUGCUGCAGAUGACAAUUUUUUUAUAAAUUUUGGGAAAAUGGAGGAAAGAGAUAAAGUAACUGAUAAAACUGCUAUUGUUAAGCGUCUAGAUCUCACAAUAGCACAAGAACAACCUGAUAACUGGGAUCCAAUGCCUCAGGACUCUCAAGGGAAAGAAAAGCGGUUUCAUUUUGUUACACUCCUAGCUACUGGUCCUGAAUACAAAACUGCUGAGACAGCUUUCAAUACAACAAUGGCUGGAAAAUAUGCUAAGAUUCUUAGCAUCCAAAGGCUACAGAACCCGACCUUGUACAAGCAAUAUGCAGUUAGGAAGAAAGAAAUGGAAAAACACAAUCCUGAUGGUCAUCAAAAUGAACGACUGCUCUGGCAUGGUACCAGUCCUGAUACACUGGAUAAGAUUAACACACGUGGUUUUGAUCGUAACUUUGCAGGAAAAAAUGCUGUUGUGUAUGGUAAAGGAGUGUAUUUUGCUCGUGAUGCAUCAUACUCUCAUAGUUACACAUCACCUGAUGCUAAUGGUGUUCGUCACAUGUACUAUACUCUUGUUCUUACUGGUGAAUUCACUGUUGGUAAUAGUUCAAUGUUAGCUCCUCCUCCAAAGAAUCCUCAAAUUGAUCCUAAUGUUACUUUUGAUGCUACUGUUAAUAAUGUUGCUGAUCCAUCAAUUUUUGUAGUUUAUCAAGAUGCUCAAAAUUAUCCAGCAUACAUGGUUAACUAUCAAUGAAUUUGUGAACUUAGACUCUGUAUUAGUUUAGGCCUUUAGCUUUAUUAUCUAUUAGAUUUAUCUUUAAUAUUGAUUAUUAGACCUACUAGAUCUAUAUGACUAGCUUUUGUUGAAUUAUGCUUUUUUCAAAAUAA